CAGCACCGAAGAGACGAGGUUCACUCAUUUUGGAACUACGGGUAGCUUCUCCCGGUCUCUUUCGUAUCAGAACUACUUUUUUUUUUAAGUCGGCCCCUUCCCCUUUAAGACGGCAUGUGGUCCACAUCACCUCGCCCCCGCUGCCUCUGGAGCUGCACGCUUUGAAAGUUAGACCGGGGAAUUAGCGCUAACAGUGGGGAGUGGAGACCAUAGCCGGGGAAGCACACACAACCACACAAGACGGGAGAGUGAGGUGGUGGGGGGGUUUGGUGGUAGAGAUUGGACGGCUGUUUUGCGUGGGAGGGGUCCUGUGAUCACAACAAAGGAAACACAUGAUGAGUGGACGGCUGUAGAAAUGGGAAAGAGAGGGAGGUGAUGUCAGCUUGCAGGACUGGUGCUGAUGGUGGUGGUCUACCCUCUUCCAAGCCCGACCAUGCUGCCUGCAUCCAGGACGCUGCUUUUCCUCUUUGUGACGCUGCUGGUGCUGCUCCUUAUCGUAGAUGAUAUCUCACAAGUGGAAGAAGAAGCUGCAAAUACCGGACAGUCAAAGAUGAACCUGCACCGGCUCAUCCCGAAACCACACAGAAAGACAAUGGCACACACUGCAAGCACUUCACUACCAAGACUCGGUAUAAUAAACCCUCUGCAUCGGGCCUACAAUAACACUGCCAAGGUCCCAUCAUCCAGCUGGACCUUCAACAAGACCCUCUCCAAACUCAUCAGGAAGAACAUUCUCAGAUUCCUUGACCCGGAGAGAGACAUCUCGAUCCUUAAGGGCUCGCUGAAACCUGGAGAUAUCAUCCACUAUGUGUUUGACCGCCACAGCACUACAAACAUCUCAGAGAAUCUCUACCGUCUUUUGCCAACCAUGUCGCCAAUGAAGAACCAGCACCACCGGCUGUGUGCCAUCGUAGGAAACUCCGGCAUCCUGCUCAAUAGCAGCUGUGGACCACAGAUCGACUCUCAUGACUUUGUUAUCAGGUGCAACCUGGCACCAGUGGAGGAAUACUCUCACGACGUGGGCUGCAGGACCAACUUGGUGACCAUGAACCCUUCAGUGGUGCAAAGGGCCUUCCAGGACCUCAUGGACGAUGAGUGGAGGGAGCGCUUUCUACGGCGGCUUCAGAGCCUUAGCGGCAGCGUACUGUGGAUCCCGGCCUUUAUGGCCAAGGGGGGAGAAGAGCGUGUGGAGUGGGCCCUACGCCUCAUCCUGCAGCACACUGUGAAUGUACGCACCGCUUUCCCUUCGCUGCGCUUGCUCCACGCUGUCAGAGGGUACUGGCUGACCAACAACAUCCACAUCAAGCGUCCCACCACGGGUCUCCUCAUGUACACCCUGGCUACCCGCUUCUGUGAGGAGAUCCAUCUUUACGGCUUCUGGCCAUUUCCUCACGACCCGCAGGGCAAAACAGUCAAGUACCACUACUACGACUCUUUAAAAUACGAAUACACCUCCAGCUCCAGUCCUCACACCAUGCCUCUGGAGUUUAGGACUCUGAGCGCUUUACACCGACAGGGGGCACUGCGGCUUCACACUGGGAGCUGUGAUGCAGACACCAUCCUGCAGAAAGAGCUCCAAAGCACAUAGCUAAGUGGAAUCUCUCCAUGGAAACACUUCCUGGUCUAACCGCAGUGGCAGCAUUCCUUUAAACAACUUGAAUUAACAUAUUUUAUUUGAAUGCAGUGACUUUUUUUUUUCAUGUCUGCCUUGUAAAAGUCGGUUAGCUCGCACAAAAACAGUUCACUGUGACGCACAUGCUUAAGUCCAAACAGAUCCCUACUUUCAGAGGGUUCCGCCUGACUCAAAUUCAGUGUGAUCAAGUUCUUGUUACCUUGGGGAGUCAAAUGAAGAAAAGACAGAAUGUAGUAUUAUACGCCGCCCCUUGAGACACAAAGCGGACACAAUGUGGGAUUGUAGCAGCUGUUCACACAGGACUGUUUGCACAAGCUUUGCCAAUAGUCAACUCAGUUAGCCAAGAACACCAGCUCUUCCUCUUCACCGUAGGAGGUUAGCAUGCUAUUUCUUUAUGAAUGUAUGAAAGGUCUAUAUUCGUAGAAAUACAAAAAAAAUGGCCCCUACUGUGCUUUAAACAAAUUAUCUUCUUAACUUAAUUCAUCAUUUUGGGUUUAUGUGGAUAGUGUGCCUAUUGUAACCAAUAUAGGCUACAGUAUUUAAGUAUUUAACCAGGUAAGCAAAAAAAAAUACAAUACAAAUUUAAUUUUGCAAGACAAAAAAACAGCAAUUUUACUAUAAUAAUUAUAUACUUUGUGAGAAUUAUUAAUACAUAAAAUAAAAAAUAUAUAUAAUAUUUUACAUGAAUACAUUUCACGUAAAUAAAUGUGAAAUAUUAUUAUACUGGAAUAAUCGUAAUAUUUGGAAUUAAAGGCAUAAGUUUGUGACAAAAACAUUGUAAUUUUAGCAUAAUAUGAGAAAAAAGUCACACUAUACACAACAAUAAAGGUGUAAUUUUGCGAGAAUAUUUUAUUAUCUUACAGGACUAGUUUAUUAUGAUGAAUUAUUCAGCAUAUUAUCAGGGUGUAUAUGAACAUGCAAAGCAUAAUCAUGCUUAGCUUUUGUGUAAACAACUUUAAUAUAUACCGGUAAUCAUUUUAUUAAAUAAAUAAUAAUUUACAGGGUUUUUUUCUUACAUUAAAUUAAACAUUGUACAAAAAAAGUUGCAAUAUUACAAGAAUAAAGUUGUAAUAUUGUCAGAAAAAAACUGACAAGAUUUUAAAAGUUCUACUUUUACAAGAAUAAUGUGGUAAUGCAUUCAUCCACCUAUUUUUUUGUACCGCUUAUCCUCGCGGGGCGUGCUGGAGCCGAGAGGCGGGGUACAAACCUGGACUGGUCGCCAGCCAAUCACAGGGCACAUAUAGACAAACAACCAUUCACACUCACAUUCAUACCUAUGGACAAUUUGGAGUCGCCAAUUAAACUAGCAUACAUGUUUUUGCUGUAGAACUUUAAAAUUUUUGAAUGCAGUUGCAACUUGAAACUCUUAAAAAACAACAAUAUGAAUGUCUUGUAUGUAACUCUAAAUUAUAACGGAGUUGUAUAGCUUUUUAUUAUCUUAGGGUUUUAGGGUUUAAUUUUAAAUAGUAUGUUUUUGCAAGGUAGUAUGAAGAUAAAGGUUAAGAAAAAUAUUAAAUGAAUACUUUAUAUUUGGUAGGCUCCUGCCAUGUGACGUGUAAGUAGAAGUGUUUUUGUGACAGGAUGCGCCUGUUGAGUUACACAUGGCCUCAAUGCACUGGCAGUUAAGUUAAUAGACAUGAACGUUCCACAAAGGACAUCAGCAGCCCAACGGUGGUGAAUGGCUCUUUUUGUGGAACUUGUGGAAAUCUCGGCAGUUCCUUUAAUGACAGUUUGGUGAGGUUUGGGGUUGCUUUUUCUUUAUCUGUAUUAUCCUAAUUCCGGUAAAUAAUAUAAUUAGGCGUGAUUCACUUUCCUUGAAACAUCAUGUUGAAUAAUAAUGAAUGUAUCUCAUUCAAUUGAAUUGUGCAGUUACGACAAGAUGAAUGUAUUAUUGUGCGAGAACUUCAAACGUGGUUUUAUUAUUACAGAGACAUGGGAACUGAGUCUACAAGCAAACCAAGCAAGGAUGCGUUUCAAAAGCAUUCUUUCCUUUGUUCCGUAUAGGACUAUGGAAAUAAGCAAGAAUCUUCAGUUAUUUUACUGGAGGAAUUGUAGGUGGACGCAGUGAAAUUUCAUUGGAUAAACAGGAUGGAUAAACAGGGUUUUUCCACAGUUUCACACACUUGUGACACCUUCAACAAAGCAGCAUUAUCUGAAUGUUCAUUAAAAUAUACAUUAGGCUAUGAUGCAAUACUGUGUGAAACAGCAAGUGUGUAUGCUGAAAAUGCAUUAUAUACACCAAUAAACAGGAUGUAAAACACAGGUCAUUUUCAAACCAAAACUGAAAAUGAAACUACUGCAGUGAUGAUGCAUUGAUGAUGUUGGGUUAAAAAAAUGUAUCUGCCAAAGAAAGAUGUGACUGAAUACAAGAUCAAUGUCAAUAAGUUAGAAUGAAAACAGAAGGUCACUUAAUAAAAGAGCUUUGCAGAACCUUAGCUCACAAUGGUUGAUGAUGUCAAUCGUUGUACAUGAAUACAAUAUUUAAUAAAGGAGCUGUCUUUGACAAAAUGUCAUUUUGGUCAUGUCAUGUUUUGGUUGGUUGGUUGGUUGGUAGUGGGAAACAACAGUCGGAAACUGGAGGUAGCAGAGAUGAGGAUGCUGAGGUUCUCAUUGGGAGUGACCAGGAUGGAUAGGAUCAGGAAUGAGUACAUCAGAGGGACAUUACAUGUUAGAGGCCUUGGAGAUAAGAUGGUUGGGACAUGUCCAGAGGAGAGAUAGUGAAUAUAUUGGUCGAAGGAUGCUGCGUUUAGAGCUGCCAGGUAGGAGGCAUAGAGGAAGACCAAAGAGGAGGUUUAUGGAUGUAGUGAAGGAGGACAUGAGGGUAGUUGGUGUGAGAGAGACAGAUGCAGAAGACAGGGUUGGAUGGAGGAGAUUGAUUUGCUGUGGCGACGCCCGAAGGGAAAGAAGAAUGUUGGUAGUGGGAAACACAUCUAGUGUGUAGAGCUGCAACAAUGAAUGAUUGUUAAUGAUGUUUUUUUUAUUUUUAAAAGUAAAUAUCAUCUGAUUUUUGUGUCUUAACUUCCUUAGCCAUCCAUGAAUGCAGACCUGUCUUUGUGUUGUAGGCAACAUAUUCAAGCACAUCACCUUUGACUUGAGCAAACAGUGAUCAACAGUUUUUGACUCUUUUCUGAUAUGUUGCAGAUAAGGCUGUCCAAAAUGGUGUCUUCAUGACGGUAUAUUAAUUUGAUUACUUAAUUAUUAGCGUCAUUAACACAUGUGCAUCAAGUGUCCCCACAAAGUCACACAGAGCUCUUAUACAUUUAUUCUGACCUGAACACAUCAACAGCAGUGCAAUUCCAAAACAAUAUACACAGUGUAUAUCUCCAAUUCACAAACAUCUCUUGUCAAGCUCAUUCUGGGAACAACACUUCAUUGUCGUUUGUCAUUCUCGUUAGCAGACAUGCGUUCACUGACACUCUGAAAAUCACAACAAUGUCUUUACUAUGCCUUACGCUUGUAUGUGUGGUCUGGCUAAACGGAAAAAUUAAGGAAAACAGGAAGUGGAUAUCUGUAUCUCUUACUAAUGUAACUUUGCGAAAGUGCAUGUAUUGGAUUGGUAUAAAACCAUAAAACUUCGUUGUUAUGUAUUAACGAGCUACCUCUUUUUAGCUGUUUUUGUAUAUUUUGAAUAAACAUAAAAGAGAAAGAUGUGUUUAUGUCUCACAUAAGGAUUGUGGA